AAUGACCCACCUUCUUCCUCCCAAUCUUCUCAAGCUAUUUGCACCAAGACCCCCGCUGCCAUAUUUGCGUGCGGUUGGAAGGGAUCCAAAUAAGCCCAAACUGAAAAAUGUCGGCGGUGUUGCUACCCUACUAGCCCAAAUCAAGGAGCAAACGAUCGUCGACACCGAAAAGGAUGAUGGACGCGAGGAGGGAGAAGAAGAACAAUUCACCUAUACUGAGGAGGUGAAAAGAAGUAUACGUCGAGAGGAAAGAAAGAAAAUGAUGGAGGAGAACAUGACGAAAGCAAAGGAUAAUUACAAACCUUCAGAAGAUCCCCACGCCCAAGGCGAUCCAUACAAAACCUUAUUUAUCUCUCGACUUUCGAAGAAAGUUACGGAAAAGGACCUUCAAAAAGAGUUUGAGCGUUACGGGGAUAUCGAACAAAUACGUUUAGUACGGGAUCCACAGGCCAGGAGUCGAGGCUAUGCUUUCGUUGUAUAUGAGCGAGAAAGAGACAUGAAAGCGGCAUACAAGGACGCAGAAGGUCUUGUCCUUCUUGGCAAGCGUAUUCUGGUCGAUGUAGAACGCGGACGGACAGUGCGUGGCUGGCGACCUCGCCGUCUUGGCGGUGGUCUAGGUGGUCGACCGAAGCCGGUCAUUGCUGAUGCAGGCCCUGCACGAGGACCUCCAGGAGGCUUCCGCGGCGGUUUCAGUGACCGAGGAAGUUUCCGCGGUGGUAGAGGUGGAUUCGGGGACAGAGGGGGUUUCCGCGGUGGCAGGGGAGGGGGAUUCGGCGCAGCACCUGCUGGUGGUUAUACCGGCCAAUCCGGCGGGUUUGGCCCUGCUGGUGGAUUUAAUGGCAGCAGCGGUGGCGGUGGAUAUGGCGGCAGUGGGAGAGGCGGAUUUGGUGGUCAAGGGGGCGGUAGUUUUGGAGGCGGCGACCGCGGUGGUUUUGGCGACCGGGGUGGAUUCCGAGGUGGCUUCAGGGGAGGCCGUGGAGGAGGUAUUGGAUACCAAGGUGGCUUCCAGGGUGGCUCCGUCGGUGGUGGUGGAGGAGGAUACGGUGGUGGACCAGGGGUCGGUGGAUUCGGUGGUGGCAAUGGGUAUGGAAAUGGCCCUCAUGGCGGUUUCAAGCGAGAGUAUGACGGUGGUGAUGACUCGGUGGACGCAAAGCGUCGAAGAUAUGAUUAGGUAUGGGCUGUGUGAGCUCUCACUGUUGCCAAUAGCGUUCUCUCUUGUUGUCUUUUCUUUGCGUUGGCACUUGCUGGGACUGCUUCCAAGGUAGUGUAUAUUUGAGGUAGGUAUCCCGAUUGGGAAUGGUUUCCAUUUCCACAUUUGAGUUGCUCCUGGGCAGAUGUAAAUGCUGCCUCUCGUCAUACUGUACGCGACAAUCACAUGGAACAGCAGCUAUGCCGACGCUGGCUUUUU